AUGGAGUUGUACGAGCAGAACACUGCAUCGGAGGAGCCCCACCCAGAGUCCCCCACCAGCCUAGAAGAAUGUAUGUUGCAUUUGCGAUUGGCUAGCGGCGAGGCCUUACCGGCGUAUCCAGAGAGGCCCGGUGUACCUGACUGUACCUACUAUAUCAGAACAGGAUCCUGCGGCUACAGAGACAGUUGCCGCUUCAAUCAUCCUCGUGAUCAUGAGGCGUAUUUUCUGAGGACUGGAACUUGCAAGUACGGUAACUCUUGCAGGUAUAACCACCCAAGGCAACGAGGUGGAUUGGUGCGACCAGAUGCAUUAAAUAUUCAUGGAUUCCCACUUCGCCUGGGUGAGAAGGAGUGCUCCUACUAUAUGAGAACCGGGCGGUGCAAGUUUGGUACAACUUGUAAAUUCCACCACCCACAAGCUUCUGGCAUCACAAUACCUUCGUCUGCACCUACGUUUUAUUCGACGGUGCAGCCCCUUGCAGUUUCUUCAUACUAUCAAUACCCCAUUACCAGGCCUCCUGUACUUCCAGUACCAUACACGCAAGAGCCUUACGGCCCGAUAUUGCUCUCUCCUGGAGUCAUCCCAGUUUCAAGCUGGAGUCCUUAUCCGGUUGGUGAAAUCUACUGCGUCUUAAAUAAUGCCAGGAGUUACUAA